AUGGUGGCUGUGCGGGGAAAAGAAUUGGGGGAGACCCUGCGGAGGGCGGCGGUCGCCACAGAAAUGACGAUCGGCCGCAUACGCCUGCUUGGGUUAAGGGUAGCCCUCCCGAAGACGGAGGCAAUUGUCUUCGGAGGAAAAGGAUGGUGUCUGCCCGCCAACUUGACGAUCCAAGUGGAUAGAGAACCUGUCCAGGUCAAGGCCAACAUCAAAUAUCUUGGCCUGGUCCUGGACAGAAAGUGGGACUUCCGGGAGCAUUUCAUCCGACUUGCUCCCCGAAUUGUGGGCGCGGCUUCCGCCCUAGGUAGGCUGCUGCCCAACGUGGGAGGACCGAGAGCCCCAUGCCGCCGCCUCUUUGCGGGGGUUGUUAGAAGUAUGGCCCUAUACGGGGCCCCGAUUUGGGCGGACCGGCUGUCGAGCGAAAACAAAUCCCUGCUCCGGCGGCCGCAGAGGGUGGUGGCCCUCAGAAUAAUUAGGGGCUACUCAACAGUAUCCCACGCGGAGUGGUUGAAGAGGAAACACGGGGCCCUAUCAUAUAGGGCAACGCAGGUAAUGACCGGACACGGCUGCUUCGGUCAUUACCUGCACAACAUAAAGAGGGAAUUAGGGCCCCAGUGUCACGAAUGCGGUGACCCUGAUGACUCGGCCCAACAUACCUUGGAGGUCUGCAGUCGUUGGGAUGAGGAGCGCCGUACUCUUACGGCAGCAAUAUGGACGACGGAUCUCUCGCUGCACAGCGUCGUUGCGGCCAUGCUGGGCAGCGAGAGAAAAUGGAAGGCGGUAGUCUCCUUCUGCGAGGAGGUCAUCUCGCAGAAGGAGGCAGCGGAGCGGGAGCGCGAAGACGCGGCCGACGCACACCCGCUUCGGCAGAGACGAAGAGGGAGAAGACGCGCACAGUUCGCUGCGGUGAACCGCGUCCUCCCUCGUUAG